CCCUGUCUCUCCUCUAUAUCUGCUUCUCUCUCUUUCUCUCUCUCACGCUGUCCUUCACUCCCAUGCGCACACUCGCUCACUUCAUCCUCUCUUCCUCUUUGCUGCCUCUGCCAUCCCUCAUUCUCUUCAUUACCGAGUGCAACUCUGUCCACCAGACAAUGGGAUCGACUUUUGGGGAGAGCGUGUGAGCGCGUUCGCAUGCAUGCGUGUGUGUGUGUGUGAGAGUGCGUAUGCAUGUGAGUGAGACCGAGCGGAUGUGGGAUCUGUGUGAAAGCGCUUUCCUGCCAGCCCAUCGGAUCCAGUGAGCCAGCUUAGCAAGCCAGGCGUGCACGGAGCUGGGCAAGCCUGUGAGAGCGUGUGCAUGUGGGUCUCUUUCACCCUCACACACUCCUCCUCACGCUUGGGAUAGGGCUUGGCGCCUUUCCCCCGGGACCCCCCCUGCACCCCUCUGUCUGUCUCUCUCUCUGCGGUCUCCUCUUCUCUAGCAGUCACCAUUUCGGCUCCCGGCAGACCCACGCUGGCUGCCCAGCCACUCCCGCGCCUCAGCCUGGGCAGGAAGACCCUGGUGGUGGCCGCUGUAGGGGUCAUGCUGGUGCUGGUGCUGGUGGUGCUCAUCCCCGUGCUGGUCAGCUCCGUGAGCAAUGACAACAGCCACUACGAGAUGCUGGGCACCUGUCGAAUGGUGUGCGACCCAUACCAGAACAAGGGCACCAGCACGGGCAUCGCCAGCACCGGCUCUUCUGUGCAGGCCGAGGCCGAGGCUCUGGCCGACCACAGCAACAUGCCUCCACCCUCCACGCUCCUCCAGGGGCCACAGGGGAAGCCGGGCCGGCCAGGCAAACCCGGACCUCCGGGGCCACCAGGGGAGCCAGGGCCCCCGGGUCCAAUGGGGCCACCGGGGGACCAGGGGGACAGGGGCCGAAGUGGGGUUCUGAGUCUGGGCAAUGAUGGAGCUAUCAGCACGGUUACAUACAACACACACCCACGGGUGGCUUUCUACGCGGGACUGAAGAACCCUCACGAGGGCUAUGAGAUCCUCAAGUUCGACGACGUGGUCACCAACCUCGGCAACAACUAUGAUGGCACUUCGGGCAAGUUUAUCUGCAGCGUGCCGGGCACGUAUUUCUUCAUCUACCACGUCCUGAUGAGAGGAGGUGACGGAACCAGCAUGUGGGCUGACCUGUGCAAGAACGGACAGGUGCGAGCCAGUGCGAUCGCUCAAGAUGCUGAUCAGAACUAUGACUACGCCUCAAACAGUGUGAUUCUGCAUCUAGACGCUGGCGAUGAAGUCUACAUCAAACUGGAUGGUGGCAAAGCCCAUGGGGGCAACAACAACAAAUACAGCACAUUCUCUGGCUUCAUUCUUUACGCCGACUAAAUGUGAGCGCAGAGGAAAAGCAGUUGGAAAGAAAGAAAUAUAGCGAAAGGAAAGUGGAAGUGAAGGAAGGAGCAUUUAACAUCCCAGUGCUUUAUUUUACCAGGAUCUCUCCAUUGCUUCAGCACACAUUUUUACAGAAAGAGACUCAGUGGAACGAGGGUUCGGUAGCUUCUCGUCGAUUCACCUUAUUGAUUGAUAAAAGACAAGGAAAUAAAGUGAAAAAAAGUGAUGUUUUUCUCUUUCGGUUUUCAAAGGGCAUUUUUUUCUUUCUUGUUUAAGACUCCAAGAGUGACUGGCAGAGAUCGUUAACCUCAUCCUCAUGUGCUUUUCCUCAGUAAAACUCUUUUUGCCCACAGAUAUCUAAUGUUAAAAAUAUCCCUGACAACCUGUGGAAAAAAAGUAUGUUACUUUUGAAGGAUAUGUGGAUCUGAUGACAACUUAUGUAUUCAUAUAAUUCUAACGCUUGUGUCCGGUUUCUCCUUACCUCUAUAUUGGACACAGCACCCCCUGUUGGCUAUUGUUGGUAACUGGUUUGCAUCUGCAUUCAUUCCGUAUAUGUUGUACUCUGUUGGGACUGCAGUAGCUGAUGAUCGGUGUGAAUGAAUGUUAUUCCUUACAAGCACUUGAUACUUAAUUUAGACAAUUGAUCCUCUGCUACUCCCGCGACUCCUUUCCUCCCCUGUCAAUUAGCACUCGACCCUAAUCUCGCUCCUCUCAGUCACUUUCUGCCCCUCCAGAAACACCAGAU